AUGUUGGAUACGGCACGCUUCACUUAUUACUUUCCUGCUAUAUCUGCCUCUUUUGAGCAUGAUAUUUUUACUCGACUACAACGUCUUUACUUUCGUGUUCAAUCUGCUUUUAUUUCAUUCCAACGAAUGUCACGAUAUCCGGCGACUUUUACAGAUGUUCCUUUAGUAUUGACUGAACCAUUUAUAUUACGUGGUUAUCGAUCGACUCAUCAACCAUGGUCUUACUAUUGGAAAUCAUUAUUUCAUAAACAUAAUGAAACAAUCAACGUUUGGAGUCAUUUAAUAGGCAUAUUAUACAUGAUACAUUUAUUAUAUUAUUAUAAUCAACGAUUGCAAUUUUUUGAAAAUGCUCAUUCGUGGCCAUUUGUUGUAUCAUUGUGUACGGCAAUCAUUAUGUUUAUGAGUUCAGCAUUUGCACAUUUAUUGCAUUCAAAAUCUGAAAAAAUUCAUAAAACUUGCUUUGCAAUUGAUUAUGUUGGAGUUAGUUUACAUGGAUUUGGCUCAGGAUUUCUUCAUAUCUAUUAUUCAGCACCACAAUGGUAUUAUGAUAAAAUUGAAUAUCAAUACAUAUUUAUUCUGCUUUUACUUGGUGAUACAUUUGAAUCUUUAAUUUUAGGAACAUUCAUAAUAUCAAUAUACAUGCCGGGCCUCAUUGUGUAUUUUGUCCUUUUUCUUAAAUCAAGCUUAUAA